GAUUCAACUCUCUCUCUCUCUCUCUCUCUCUCUCUCUCUGUGUGUGUGAUCAUGGAUAGACACUUUAGGGAACUAGGGUUGGGGAAUGGAAGAUCUGGUUCUUCAAGGAAGGGGAAGAAGAGCAGUUCAGACAAACCGAAGCAACCACAAAGAGGUCUUGGAGUAGCUCAACUGGAGAAGAUCAGGCUACAUAGUCAGAUGGCAGCUGCCUAUCUCCCUUCACUUCAAUCUCCUCCAUUCUGUAGCAAUCUAAAUAAGGAAGGAGAUCAUAUAAGUGAAGACGUGGCAUGUUCACAGUCUUUCUAUUCAAAUUCCACUUCAUCAUCUUCGUUUCUCGGUCUUCAUCCUAACCACAUGAUGGCAUUUGGAGACGAUGAAAGAAAUGACAUAAGAUACCGGGAAUUCCCAGCAACUCCAUCGGCAAGUUCUCUAUCAAACAAUAGCAACUUCUUUCUACCUCCUAGUUUUGCGCAAGAGACAGUCACACUACCCCUUUUGGAGGACAACAUUGAGGAUUCAGUGCAGUGGAAAACAUGGCAAGAACGACAUUGGUCGAUGAUGAGAACAGUGAAUCAGAAUCCAGAUUCAAGCAGUGACUCACAAGAGCUAGAUUUAGAUCUUAAAUUAUCCCUUUAAGCACUCAAAGCAUAGAGCUGCUAAUGCUAAAGAGCAGAUACUUUUAAAGUUGCCUCAUAAGCUUGCAUUUGUAAUGAAGGAUGUGUUCAGUGGAGCAUGAAUACACUGGAAACUCUUGUUUAAUGAGAAGAAGUUAUCUAAAAGCAUAGUUGGGGAAAUUGGGAUUAAUUCCUUUUCUUUUUUUGGGAGCAGUUGUUACAUGUAAGUUUCUUUUCAUUAGAGUUUUAUUGUCAAUGUAUAUACAGAAGGUAAUUAUCUGCA